UGCUUGUGUUUAUUAAAAAGACAGAAAGAAAAACAAAGAUGUCAUCAAUGCAUUCAGAUGAUGACCAGGAGGAGAUCAACGUGGACUCUGACAGCAGACUGUCAGGUGCUUGUGACAGAAGCGUCGCUUCUGAAGACAGAGAUUCCGAGCACAGCUACCACAGAUAUCACAAUUCUCCAGACGAGCACAUGACUGACACUCAACAAAGAGUUAACUUACCAUUUAGCAUAUCAAGACUCCUUGGUAAGCAAUUCGAAGACAUAGACAAGAGGAAUUCUGGAGAGAGUGAUAGAAGUGACCAGGAUACUGAAUCAGAGAGUGCUAAAGAUGAAACCAGAGACAAUUCCGGGUUGCCUUUAAAUUUCUCGCAUAAUCCAGCCCUGUAUCCUAACUCUGGGCUCUUACUCAGGCCAGGGUUGGGUUUGGGUGGUGGCUAUGGGUUCUCUGGGAGUCCAGGGGUGGUACGUGUGCCGGCGCACAGGGCGCUCGGGGCUUUGGGUGCGUGGGGUGUGGCGCUGGACCCAAUGAGACAGGCGGCAGCUGCGGCUUUCGCUCAUCAGGUCGUCAAAGAUCGACUUAAUGCAUCGUUCCCGAUUACGAGGCGGAUCGGUCAUCCAUACCAGAACAGAACACCCCCUAAGCGGAAGAAACCGAGGACAUCUUUCACGCGGCUACAGAUAGCUGAGUUGGAGAAAAGGUUCCACAAACAGAAAUAUCUGGCGUCAGCUGAACGCGCCUCGUUAGCUAAAACAUUGAAAAUGACAGAUGCUCAAGUUAAGACUUGGUUUCAGAACCGAAGGACGAAAUGGAGACGUCAAACAGCCGAGGAACGUGAAGCUGAACGGCAAGCGGCUAACCGCUUGAUGCUUUCGCUACAGGCUGAAGCGCUGAGCAAAGGUUACAUGCCGGAGCCACCGCCGGGCGCCGCGCCGCUGUCAGCGCUGCAUUAUCAAAACGCAGCCAGUACAGCACCAGCGCCUCCAGCGAAUACUGCUUUAAGCGCUUUACAAAACCUACAGCCGUGGGCGGGGAAUCAGGCGUUUCUGAACGCGCCCACGACCAGUGCGCCCCCGCACCCACCGCCUGUAGCGUCACCGAUUUGUUGA